CCGACUUAAAAACAGCUGGGCUCUUAUGUGCGUCCACAGAGAAACGUGGGACUGCAAAGCAAAGGGGACACGGCAACGGAUUUAGAUAAGGAUUAUCGCUGUUAUAGUGGUUUCACAGCUAUGCAAAAUAAAAAAAUGCAAGAGGAUUAGUGACACACAUCAAGUGGAGCAAAAUAGCAAAACAGAGUGAGAAAGCGAGAUGCGGCUUGCCUCAGAGAUGAAAGAGAUGCUCAUGUUCACGAAGAGACGUUCAAGGAAAUCUCAAGCUCUGAAAUACAUUUAAUGUGCUACAAGAUUGUUAUUCUUCACUGCCGAGGGGUAGUUGGCUAGCUGCUAAAAGGUUCCCCGAAGUCUUUGAGCCGUAAGAGCUACAAGUACUUCUGUCAUCAAGGGGAUGUAACGCCACAGUCAACUUUUCACUUAGUCCUCUUACAGGUAAACGGUGGGACAUUUUGCUGGAGGAUUUUUGCACUCAAAGAGUUUUUAAACAGAAUGUGAAUAAGGUAUCACUGGUAGAGCUUGCUAGAGAAUGAAGCACCUGGAAUUGGUCUCUGCCUUUUUUGUUGGAACAAUGGCAGCAUUAAAUCGUAGACUCAGGGUUUUUUUCCACUAACCUGGAAGGAGGGCAACAUGGCAAAGCCCUUCUACAGGCUUCAGCGCUUCUUGCGACGGACUCAGCUGCUCUUCUUGUUCCUCGGUGUCGCAUAUAUCAUGGCUGGAAGUGUCCUUCUUCUGCAGAGACAUGGAUUGGUGGUGUCACAGCGUGGGACGAGCAGUUACUUUCCAUUGCCGUCUUUGCCAUCUCCUCCCAGGGCCCUGGAGGCACCUGCCCUCCGGACAAGUUAUGGAAUAAUAGGCGCUCGGGUCACCAGAAAGGGGGUGGGAUUCCAAAGCGUUUUAGCCGAAGACAACGCUGGACCACAAUGGCUGAUCUCACGAAACCAGGAGAUCCGAUAUCUGAGACGCCGCUGGUUCCACAGCCUCAUGUCCGAACAGGAAGCAUCCAGAGUGGAGAAAGUUCUUCCGAAAAGAAAAAUCAGACACAAAGGCACGUACAUCGGCUGCUUUCUGGAUGACGCCAAAGACCGGACGCUCAAAGGGAUGGUGUUUUAUGACUUCCGGAAAAUGACCAGCACCUUGUGUCAGGACACCUGCACGGAAAGUGGGUACCAGUUCGCUGGCCUUGAAUAUGGGUCCGAGUGUUACUGUGGCAACCGCAUCACAAGCGCUCGGAUGAAAGAGGAGGAGUGUAACUUGGACUGCAAAGGUGAGAAGGGCGCCAUCUGUGGAGGUGUGUCCCGUCUGUCCGUUUACAAGGUGGAGGAGGUUCUUCCUGGCCAGCGGAGAUACAGGAAAGUGCGCUACCGGGGCUGCUUCAAAAAACCUGACAACACAACAGCAGCUUCCCUGGCUCAUGCCAUCCAGCCCAACCUCACCUCCCAGUGGUGCAUCGAGACCUGCAUGGAUCAGGAGUUUCCUCUGGCUCUGGUCAGGAAGCCUGACUGUUUCUGUGGCUAUGCCACCCCUCGCUUCACUCUUCAUGAGCCGGUGAAAGAGGAGCUCUGUGCUGUGGAAAACAGCAGUCUGCCUAUCCAGAGUUCCCAUCAGCUCUUCCUCCAGGUUUAUCAGACACCUGUUCAAGAUUCCAGAUGCACAGAGAAGAAGUUUCUACCUGAGAAGUCAAGCUCACUCGUGGCUUUGUCCAGUUUUCCUGGUGCGGGAAACACCUGGGUGAGGCAUCUGAUCGAGCUUGCCACAGGCUACUACACAGGCAGUUACUAUUUUGAUGGCACGAUCUACAAUAGAGGCUUCAAGGGGGAGAAAGAUUACUGGAAGAGUGGAAGAACCAUCUGUGUGAAGACACAUGAGAGCGGCCAGCGGGAUAUAGAGAUGUAUGACUCAGCAAUACUGUUGAUAAGAAACCCCUACCGCUCGCUCAUGGCUGAGUUCAACCGCAAGUGCGCUGGGCAUCUUGGUUACGCUUCUGAUCAGCACUGGAAGAGCAAAGAGUGGCCAGAAUUUGUGGGUAGUUAUGCCUCCUGGUGGGCUUCUCACGUAUUGGACUGGCUGCAUUAUGGAAAGAACCUUCUGGUGGUGCAUUAUGAGGAGUUGCAGGAGUCACUGGUGCCCACAUUACGAUCCAUCACUUCCUUCCUCAAUACCAGUGUCAGCGAAGAGCGGCUCCUCUGUGCUGAGUGCAACAAGGAUGGCCACUUCAAGCGCUCAGGUGCGCGACGGCCCACCUUUGACCCCUUCACCCUAGAUAUGAAACGGCUGAUUGAUGGCUACAUCAGCACUGUGUACCAGGCCCUCAGAGCCAGCAACCAUUCUAGCUUGCCAAAGGAGUAUCUCCCAAGAUGACAAGUCCAGAACUAGAGUACAGGACUGGUUGUCUUGCUCAAGCUCCAGUGCUACAAACUUACAAACUAUGAUGUCUUGGAGCUAUUUUGAUACGUUAUUUCCUCACAUAUUGAGGCCGAAUAUAGUGCCAUAUGAUGCUGUUGUGCUUUGAGAUUGUCAUGUUUUAACGGCGGUCCGUGGAUCAGUCUGCGAAAGGAAACAAAGUUCAACUUUGUUGCCAUACCAUGGCGGAUAAUUAUAAAGAUUAGGUUUGACGACUGCAGACUUGAACUUGAGACUCUAGUCAGAGGCUAAAUAAGUUCCCCUUGCUCCUUUGGGAAGAAACUUGAGUGCUUAAUUACAUAAUUCAACUACAAGUCAACAAGAGGCCUAAAUAAACAACAGAUGUAAUUGCUUAUGACUAAUCUGACAUGUACUGUAGAUGAUAAUGAAAUGUCCACAAAAAAAAGCAUAAUUUUAUUACUAUACGGUGACAUUUUUGUUUUUUACUUUUACUUUGACUAUUUACAAAGCUGAUAUCAUAAAUGCUAGGAUGAAUGUAAUCUAUUAACAUAACAGACGAUGCACAGACACUGCAAAACUUUUAAUAUUUUUGUCUUUUUAUCCAGUAAAAUAUCUCAACAUUCUUAAAAC